AAUGGAGUUGUUGAAAGUUGUUGCAGUGUUGUGUGUUCUUCUGUCAUGGAUUCCUCUGUUUCUAUCGGAAGACGUGGGAGUGAAAGUUGAAGGAGUGACUUCCAUUGCCAAAACAGACGAUAAUUUCGUCUGUGCAACUUUGGACUGGUGGCCAAGCAAUAAGUGUGACUACAAUCAGUGCCCAUGGGGAAAUGCUGGGAUUCUCAAUCUGGAUUUGAAAAACAAGAUUUUAUCAAAAGCUAUCAAAGCGUUCAGUCCCCUUCGGAUCAGGGUCGGAGGUUCACUGCAAGAUCAGGUCGUGUACAAGGUCGGAAAUCUAGUCAAGAAAUGCCCUCGUUUUAAGCUGAGAAAAGAUGGCAUGUUUGGAUUCAGCCCUGGUUGCCUCUCCAUGAACAGAUGGGACGACCUCAACAACUUGUUCAAUGAAACCGGAGCCAUGGUAACGUUCUCGGUGAAUGCUCUGUUGGGGAGGAAGAAGCCCAAGGAUAACGAGUCUCACUGGAUCGGCGACUGGGCUCCGCAAAACACCCGUGAUCUCAUGGCCUACACGGUCUCAAAGGGAUACAAGAUCGACUCGUAUGAAAUGGGAAAUGAGCUGUGUGGAGAAGGGUACGUUUCAGCAAGAGUGGAGGCUCGGCAGUACGGAAAAGACGUAAUCGCCCUCAAGGAACUAGUGAAAGAAUUGUACCCAGAUCCAUCAACACAGCCAAAGGUCUUGGGUCCAGCUGGGUUUUAUGAUGAGAAAUGGUUUAAUGAAUUCCUUGAGGCUACAGGGCCAGGAGUUGUUGAUGGGUUAACCCACCAUAUCUACAACCUUGGUGCAGGUGUUGAUGCCAACCUUAUCAACAAGGUCCAAGACCCAUAUUUUCUAGACCAGAUAGCUCAGACAUACAGAGACAUUUCUACCACAAUUAAGAGCUUCGGGCCUUGGACCGGAGCAUGGGUCGGAGAAGCAGGCGGAGCUUAUAACAGCGGUGGAAAAGACGUAUCGCAUACCUUCGCCAAUGGCUUCUGGUACCUGGAUCAACUGGGCAUGACAUCAACCUUCAACCACAAGGUUUUCUGCAGACAAGCCUUAAUUGGAGGAAAUUAUGGUCUCCUUAAUACUACAACAUUCAUCCCUAAUCCUGAUUAUUAUGGUGCCCUUCUAUGGCAUCGCUUGAUGGGAACGACCGUGCUUCAGACUACUCAGAACAGUUCUCCUUACCUACGCGUAUAUUCUCAUUGCUCGAAGACAAAGCCGGGUGUUACUCUGCUUAUGAUCAACAUGUCGAACUCCACAGCCUUUGAUGUUUCGGUGGUCAACGACCUGAACUUGUAUCCUGAGGAACAGAAGUCAGCAGAUGAAAGCCAACAAGAACCAAGGGAGGAGUACCACUUGACUCCAAAAGAUGGGAAUAUUCAAAGUGAUGUGUUGCUGCUAAAUGGUAUCCCUCUGGUGCUCACAGAGUCAAAUGACAUCCCGGCUAUGAACCCAAAGCUCGUCGAUGCUGCCAAGCCCAUCAAUGUCGCACCCGACUCAAUUGUCUUUGCUACUAUCAGAGGAUUCAACGCACCGGCCUGUGCUUAGGAACUAGUAGUAUUAGGUUUCUCUUUUGGUUAAAUGUCGUCAGUUCUGGGAUCAAUUUCUUUAUCUCCGUUUCCUAACUUCUUCACACACAUUUUGACUGUUUUCAUAGCCAAAUGGUAUAGAACGACUUAAGCUUUUGUAGGGUCAAA